CAGCAAUCAAGGUCAGACCCAUCUGGCAACGCUGGCAAAACAGCUGAGCGAUUUGUUGACGUUUUACAUUUUGGCAUUUAUAGUGCAAUUUUAAACAGAUAAUGGACCUGAUAUUACUCGUUGGUAUUGCAACAGCGCUGCUGCUUAUCCUGAUUACGCUUUAUUUCCUGCAGAGUAAAAAUGCUAAGACAGAAACAAAGGCAGCUGCGCAACCUCAACGUGGCGUCCCACAGCGUGCUCAGGAAGGCGUUCCGCGACGUGCCCAAAUAGCGCGGAAUCAGCGCAAUCGAUUACGUCAGAAUCAAAAUGCUCCUGCUGUUGCAGCUGCAGCUGCCCCCGCCGCAGCCGUAGACUCUGAUGACGACGAAGCAGCUGCUGCUGGUGACGAGAAUGGGCCGCGUGUGCCACAGGGCGCUGUGCUGGAUGAAAAGAUGGGCGCUAAGAAACGCGCCAAAAUGGAGGCGAAGGAGCAGAAACGUCUACAGCGCGAGCAAGAGCUGCACGAUCGCGAGCAACGAAAGGUGAAGGAGGCCAAAGAAGAUGCGGAACGAAAGCAACAGGAGGACCUCGAUGCGGAAGUAGAGCGCAAAAAAGCCGAGGCUGAUCGCUUGGCCAAGGAAGAGCGCGAGCGCAAAGAGCACGAGGAGUACCUAAAAAUGAAAGCAGCAUUUAGCAUCGAAGAAGAGGGCUUCGAAGAAGGCGAUGCCGAUGAUAAGGAGAGCCUUCUAGCCGACUUCAUACAGUACAUUAAGGAUAACAAAGUCGUUCUAUUAGAAGAUUUGGCCACAGCCUUCAAACUGAAAACGCAGCAGGCCAUCGAUCGCAUUCAGGAGCUGCAGGAAAAUGGCACCUUAACUGGCGUCAUCGAUGAUCGCGGCAAAUUUAUCUACGUCUCGGAAGCGGAACUCGCCGCCGUGGCCAAGUUCAUCAAGCAGCGCGGUCGUGUAUCCAUUGCGGAGCUGGCGGAGAGCAGUAAUAACUUGAUCAAUCUAACGCCUGUUGCAGCUGGCGAAAGUAGUGCCUAAUGAGAUUUGUUAACCAUUACCUAAAUAGUUGAAGUGUAUAUAUAAAUAUAUAUAUAACCGUAAGAGCUAA